UAGAGUGGGCGGGGCCUGUCGCUGUGCGCGGCGUCUGGGUUCGGAGGCGCGCACGCAGGAGGCGUCGGGGGCGCGCGGGGAACAGGUGACUGUACAGAGAGUCACUGGCCGGGGGCGGCAGGACAUGCCCCGGCAGACCUCUCCGUUCUCGUGGGGGGAUCUGGUAUUAUAAUGAUGCCGCUGCCUCCUGUUGGGUUCUUUGCCAGCUUUGGGACAUUCCAAGUUCACCAAAUCCUUAACCCAUGAGGCGCCUGCAGCUGGCACCAUGUUCCUGUCCCGGGCAGACAAGCCGUGCUUCUUCGUGUGUCUGGCCGCCUCUCAGCUGAUCUUUAUCUUACUGCUGUACCGUCGCGGAGCCUCCAGCGUGUUUCAGGGACUAUUCGGACCCUAUCCCGGGUGGGAUUAUUCCAAAACCCAAGAUGUCUACACCAACCUGAGCCUAUUUGUCCCGGACAGCGAGGCGGUGAGGACCCAGUACUGUCCCGUCAGUUCUCCCAUUCUAGUUGGUCCUUUAACCAUAACAUUCAACAAGCCAAGGAGUUUGAAGUCGAUCCAGCUGAAGAACCGCUACGUGACCUCCGGGGGAUACUUCAGCCCCAGACACUGUUUUGGGAGGUACAGGACUGCUGUGAUUAUCCCGCACAGGAACAGAGAGUCCCACCUCCGCACCCUGCUCUACUACCUGCACCCCUUCCUGCAACGACAGCAGCUGCACUACGCCAUAUUCGUGGUCCAUCAGGCCGGGAACGCAACGUUUAACCGAGCCAAGCUCCUGAACGUCGGCGUGAGAGAGGCGCUGCGCUACGACGACUGGGACUGCAUAAUCCUGCACGACGUGGACCUCGUUCCGGAAAACGACUGCAACCUCUAUAUCUGCGACGAAGAUUACCCGAAACACCUCUCCAGCGCCAUGGAUAAGUUCCAGUACAGUCUGCCAUAUUGGGCAUAUUUCGGAGGAGUGUCAGCGAUAACACCAGAUCAGUUCAUGAGGAUCAAUGGAUUCCCCAAUACAUACUGGGGCUGGGGCGGAGAGGACGACGAUAUUGCUAUGAGGAUUCGUCUUUCGGGAAUGAGUAUCAGUCGGACGCCAUUGAGCCUCGGCCGAUAUAAAAUGAUCCCACAUGACCGGGACUCCGGCAACGAGGAAAACUCUCACAGAUACAAUCAGUUAAGAAAGGCGAGAACGACCUGGAAAGAAGACGGAAUGAAUUCCUUAGAGUUCCGUCUACUUUCCAGGGAGAGGACUCAACUUUACACCAACCUCUCGGUGGACAUUGGUGACGCUCCGGAGAUGCCGACCGAACCGAACAGGUGGAGCAUAUUUUAGCCCUUGUUAAGGACUGGACUGAACCAUUGGAAAGCAUCCAAGGGGGGUGAGGUUUUGAGCCCCCUUGUGCCUCAUGAAGAGGUUUCGGACCGGUUGGUGGUCCUCAGCCCAUAGUGUUGGCCACUAGAUCACUGGCCUUCACCGCAACGGGUGCUGCCUCCUCACUAGUCCCCUUGGACCUUCUCUAAACCAGUGUUCCCCAAACCUGUGUCUCUCAGGGCAUGAUGGGAGUCGUAGUUUUGCAACUACUGGAAAGCCACAGGUUUUUGGGAACUUUGCUCAAGGCUACAAGAUGUUGGAAGGAAAAAAAAAACAAAACUUACUGACUAUUUAAGAAACGCAGAUCACAUGAUCAUCAACACGAGCGGAUGUAGUGACCACACAUUGAAGAUCCAAGCGCUAUUCCGUUCCGCCUCAACGCGGAAUGCUACCUAUUCCCAAUAAUCCGUAAUAAACUUUUUCUGUGUUGCAUAGUGCAUAAAAAAGUGCUCCUUUUCCUCAGUAUUUCCCCUCGUCCUUCCCUGUGUGUCAUCCUCUGACGUAGCGAUUUUAUUAAUUAAUUUUAUUUAGUCAUUUUGAGUCUAUAGCGGGUGUUCAGGCCUAUGUGUUUCCAUGGUAACAGACUACCAAUGAACGGUGUAGUCUGAUCCAGCAGUCUCACACUUGUCUCCAUCUGUUUCCAACUUCUUGGUAACUUGCUGAAUGUACAUUAGCAUAAUGAGCUUCCUAGCGUUUUGUGUCUAUAGUUACUAAGCCGACCGAUGCGUCUCCAUGGCGACAGACUACAAAUAAACUGUGUAGUCUGAUCCUGCAGUCAUUCUUUCUUCCAUGAGUUGUCUAUACCAACAUAGAUUCAGGACAUUAAGAAGACAGCUGAUGGGAGAAAGAAUGACUGCAGGAUCCGACUACGCUGUUUGUUUGUAGUCUGUUACCAUGGAGACGCAAAGGUUUGCAAUGGCAACGAUACAAAACAGUUAGGGAAUUCAAUACGCUGCCGGCUUAUGUUAAUGUACAUUCAGGAACAGACGGAAGAAAGUAUACGGCUACACGGUGUUCGCUCUCUGUAAAAAUUUUCUAUUGCUUUGGGUCUACAGCUCCGAUGCAGGCCCAUGCGUCUCCAUGGUAACAGACGGCUAGUAAACAUGUAGUCCGAUUCUGCCCUCCCAUCAGUCAGGUGGCUUCUUCUUGGUAAUCUACUGAAUGAAUGUUAGCAAAAUGGAAGAAAGUGGGAGACUGCAGGAUCAGACUACACUUGUGUUGCUUGUAGUCUGUUACCAUGGAAACACAUAGGUUUGCAUAGCAACUGUAGACACGAAACAAUAGGAACAUUUUUAAUUAAAACCUAUUAAAAAGUUUUGACAAUUUUUAUUUUAGAUUCAUUGGAACAAUGUGUGUAUGUGUCAUAGAUAGAUGGAUAGAUAGAUAAUAUUUUUUAUUUUUUCUUGGAAAGGUGACAUAGCCUUAAAGGGGUGCUCCGGCUCUUAGACAUCUUAUCCCCUAUCCAAAGGAUAGGGGAUAAGAUGCCUGAUCGCGGGGGUCCCGCCGCUGGGAACCCCC